UGUGACUCAAUUUGCCACUUGACAGUGAAGCUAGGAGGUGGACUGUAGGGUAGGUAACAAGAUAUUCUUAAUGGCCCUCUGAAGACAGACACGACUGCAGCACCCACCGCCGUGCUGCUCCUCAGGGCCACAUCUCAGACGUCUCGGAGGUCUGCCGACACUGCAGUUGACUGGCUCGUGAGCCCGCCGACAGCUGAAAACCAUGGCCACCUCUCGUCCGCUGAAACCAGUCGAUGUGUACGAUAUUGCCACGGACAUCGGCCGCGAGUUUGAGGCCAUCAUAGAUGCGUUCGGAGCUGGCGCGCUCACCAACCUGGUGCCCAAGGUGAUCCAGGCCCUGGAGCAAUUGGAGCGGCUCUCCUUACAGCGGGAACAGGAGAGUGCCUCUCUGCACGAGCUGCGGAAAACAGUCGAGAGGCUCGAGGCCGAAAAGGCGGAGCGAGCGGCCGAGAGGCAGCGCUUUGAGAAGGAGCUGGAGGAGUUUGAGGAGCGCACGCGCGAAGAGACUCAGAAGCUGGUUUCCAUGGUAACUGAGCUGCAGACGGAGAACCGGCGGAUGCUGGAGCGGCGCGAGGCCGAGCGCAACGGAGACGCCUCCGGACAGACGGGCACUGACGAGGCGGAGGGGGAGAUCGAUAUGAAGGUGCUGUUCAAUCUGAAGGCGGUCAUCGACAGACAGAGGGACGACCUCACCGCCAAGGACGCGCAGCUGCACGAGAGGAACUCGGAGAUCGAAAAGUUCCAGGCGGACUUGGACCGUAUGAAGAAGCAGGUGCGCGAGCAGCGGCGUCGCCAGCGCGCGGCCUCCGGACAGCAGCGACAGCUCAACGAGGAGCGGACGCUGCUGGAAGCUGAGCUUACCGACGUGCGCCGCCAGAUGGUAGCACUGCGCCAGCAGCUGGGCACCGCGCAGAAGGAGAACCAGGACCUCUCUCUGUCGGCGCAGGACAGUAGCCUGCAGAACAAGGUGGUGUACGACCGCGACGACCCUGCGCGGCCGCGGUUCACCUUUAACGAGCUGAGGGACAUCCUGAACGAGCGGAACGAGCUGAAGGCGCGUCUGUCGGACCUACAGGACGAGCUGGCACUCUACCGGCCCGGCGGAAUUGACACGUCGAAGAGUUCGAUCCUGUGUCCUCCCAGUGACGAGUUGGACAGCUUCUCCAGCUCUGACCUCAGCUCACCGCCCUCGCUGCAGAACGAGCUCGAACAGCAAAAGACGGUGGAAGAGGACCUGCCCGUGCACGGCCCGCUGCCUCAGGACCCUGAGGACGCCCCCUGGAAAAAGAGCUCCUCAGAGUCCGGCAUCAGGCGACUCAUCCUGCGUCAGAUCCGGCGGGCCGUAGAGUCGACCCAGGGUGCCGUGUCUGACCUGCUACCGUUCGCCUGAGGUUCCGGCGGCUGUUUUACACAGACGGACGGACCGACAGUCCGCGGGCCACCAGCACCCCGGUCAAACCCCAGACGCCGGGCGGGACGACUCGACGCUGACCGCCGCACCUCGCGGCGCUCAGCCCGUACUGAAUAUCGUUUGACCUGUGUUUAACGGUGAUUUUAUCUCCACGUGCGUGAUCCGUUUACAUCUAUAUCGGUUUGCUAGAUAUUUAUACUGUUUUCAGUUUUCACUCAUAUUUACGCCAUGACUUUGGUGGGUUUUGUUAGCCUGCCAAGCUGGCUUUGGUGAAUAUUUAUAUUUGAAUAGGUAUAUGCUGGGAAACCAGAGUUUAUUGACGUGGAUUUGUAUAUUUAGCUCGUCGGUUUUUUUCCGAUGACAAUAUCCCCAGGAAUAUCAAGUAUUUCUUCCCUAGUUAGCUGAGUGGCAAUGUUUAUUUUCAUCGCCAGUAUAUAUUUACUCGUGUGCCGUAUGAGAGACAUUAUAUGACAACUUUUCAGACGUUUGGGGUUGCGUGUGUAACGGUGUAGGCCUGUGCGUUGUGUCAAACUGAGCUUUCGUCAAUGUUAACCCGUGCGUGCGGCUGCGCCGGUACCCCACAGUUAGCCAUGUGUUUGCCUAAUGUUAGCCCAUGUACGCACUGCUGAGACUACUUACCUGUGUGGCUGUCGCUGCUCCUGCUGCUAUUGUGCUGUCCCUGUGACGCCUCCCCGUGCUGUGAAGUCGGAUCUGAGACCUCUGAACAAAUCCUGCUGUAGGCGCCCGAGCCCCGCAGGCGUCCUUAUAGGUUCACACUUCCUCCCCAUCCCAUCUUCCUCACCCAUAAGAGACGCACGUAUGGAAUCACAGCCAAUCUAAUCUCGUACGCCAGCCACCAGUCUGUGGGCCCAUGACUCCGCACUAGCACUCGAUCUUUAGCGUCUAAAACACCUCAUAUCAUCACGACCCUUUCUCUCCCCGAUCUACUGGUGAUCUAGCUGUAUUAGACACCAAUCCUCCAUCCCUACCCCACCAUUCAGUCAAUCCCCUGCGCUGCAUUACCCCGCCGCUAGUAUGUGUGUAGCUGAGUUUGUGUCGCAGAACAGGCGGACAUAGUCGAUGGUUUAGGUGUCGCAGUAGCUGUGUAGAAGGCUUGUCAGAGGGCGACUGUCAGGCGCUAGUCUGUUAGGGUUUAAAUCGCUGAGUAUUUUAGUUUGAGCGCCGUUCGGAGAUGCCAAAUCGGACUGACCGUUCGUGGGGCCAAGGGUCGGCCGUGGCGGCUGUCGGCCGUUUUCCAGUGAUGUCUCGGAGAUUAGAGUGUGGUUGGACGGUGGGGGGGGGGGGGGGGGGUCGGCGGCCAUACGUGUGCCACAGGCGAGUGUGUGAGGGGAGGGGGACCCGGACCCCCUGCUGGUAGGCUAAAUGGAGUUGUAUCCGCGCGGUGUAAUAUGAUGCAGCUGCUUUAGGAGUCAUUACGCGCCGCAGCGGAAUGCUUUUAACGACGAAUUGUUAUGUAAACUGGCAGUCGAUGCGCAAAAUGUUUAUGAUAUGUUCUUCGCUCCGAUGCAUUAUACUAUGCACAACAUAUCUAUAUUGCAUGGUGUAUGCUGGCUUUAACAAACAGUGCAAAGCGGUUCAGAGCCGGAUAUUACCGGUUCUAACCCGGGGUGGCGGAGGUGAUAACACGCUAAGACGCGAGGUAUAGUAUGUACUAUGUAGGACCACGAGCGGCGCAGGGUUUUGCAAACCGGUAAACCGUGCUUUAGGUGGUGUGGGAAGCGCGUCGGGCGGUCGCAUCGGUAACAAUGUGUCCCCCUACCCUUCUUACCUAGGAUAUGACCUGUCCCGAUAACAAUGGUGUAAUACACCGGAACUGAUCCCACCCUACCCCAACGACGCUGUACCCCGUCCCCCGUCUCGCGUCAAAAUGUAAUACACGUCUUUUCCAGUA